UCAAAAGUGGAUGAUUAUUAUGCACCGGCUUUGCUUUAGAAUCUCACUAUAGCCUAGUUGAUAAGAAAUGUCAUUUGAUUGCGUGUUAUUCUUUGGAAUGAAACAAAAGGAAUAUGACCUUAUCAAGUAUGCCGGGUCAUUCUCUAGAAGCAACCGAAAGUAAGGCAUUCUGAAACUCAUGUUAAAAUUAAAUUUCUGCAUUUAUCAAGCUCAAUUAAAUUCUUCAGGUUCUAUCUCAAUCAUCUUUGCCACAGGAAUGAGUUUUUGGGAAACCCGCCCGAUAGUAUGUGACAACGGAACAGGUUUUAUCAAGGCUGGUUUUGCCGGCGAUGAUGCUCCGUCUGUGCUUUUCCCCAGCAUAGUAGGCCGACCACGAAACAGACAUGCUAUGAUCGGACUUGGACAGAAGGACAUGUACUUUGGAGAUGAAGCACAGGUAAGGCGAGGAGUUUUGAAACUAUGUUAUCCCAUCGCUCAUGGUAUAGUAAGAGACUGGGAAGCAAUGGAGAGACUUUGGGAGCACACGUUUGAUAAGGAGCUCAGGAUCACCACGGAAGAGCACCCUGUUCUCUUAACAGAGGCCCCUCUCAACCCCAAAAUCAACAGAGAAAAGAUGAUUGAAAUCAUGUUUGAAGGUUUUGAUGUUCCGGCAACGUACGUAGCCAUUCAGGCGGUGCUGUCCCUCUAUGCCAGUGGCCGAACUACAGGGGUUGUGAUGGACUCCGGUGAAGGAGUCACUCAUGUAGUUCCUAUUUAUGAGGGCUACGCGCUCCCUCAUGCCAUUGAAAGGCUUGAUCUUGCUGGGAAGGACCUUACGGACUACCUAACCAAGAUCCUGGCUGAAGAUGGGUACUUUUUCACCACUUCAGCCGAGAGGGAAAUUGUGAGAGACAUUAAGGAAAGACUUUCAUACGUAUCAAUGGAUUUUGACAAAGAACUUGCCACAUCGAGUGAGAGCUCAGAGCUAGACAGGCAAUAUGAAUUACCAGACGGGCAAGUGAUAACGGUUGGAGCUGGGCGGUUCAGGUGCCCGGAGAUUCUGUUUGAUCCUAGUAGGGUGGGUGUGGAAUCAGGUGGUAUUCAAGAGAUUUUGGUGAGGUCAAUCAAGAAAAGUGACAUGGACAUCAGAAGAGAAUUGUUCGGGAAUGUGGUGCUUAGUGGAGGGACGACCGUGAUUCCUGGCUUGGCUGAUAGGUUGGUUAAGGAGCUGAGCUCACUGGCCCCUCCUGGGGUGAAGGUCAGAGUGGUUGCCCCGCCGGAGAGGAAGUACAAUGUUUGGAUUGGAGGCUCCAUUCUAGCUUCCUUAAGCACCUUUGAACAGAUGUGGAUUACAAAGGAAGAGUACGAGGAAUCAGGCCCUUCUGUUGUACAUAUGAAAUGCUUUUAGAAUAAAUUAAUGUAUUACUUCUUCUAAUUAGAUUUAGUCGAUCUGGUUUAACUUUUACUUGAAGUGUGAUAAAGGUUAAUUUUAAUUUGAUUGCAAUUGCUACAGCCAAACAACUGUAUCAAGCACCGCUAAUUUAUUCUCAUCCUGUCGUCACUUUUUAACUCAUCAAAUGUGAACUCCUCAAUAGAU